GUCACUUCCGGCGCGUCUCACGCCGUACCCCUCCUUCGGCCGUCUGUGGUAGCGUCAUCUGCGGGCGGCGGCGGCGGAGGCCUGGUGAGCGCACGGCAGCCAGUCUCCGAGUCCCAUCAUGGAUUCUCUCUCCCAGCCCGGGCUCCUCAGUGUCAUUGCAGGAGUUGCCUGCGGUGUGUGCCUGGGAUGGGGCAUUCGGGGAAGGUUCCUCCGGCAGCCCUUGGUAGGAGCCAGCUCGGCAGCCAGCAGCAGCCUGGGCAGCGAAGCCAUGGGCGAGUCCGGGGAGUUCAAGAUGGUGCUGAUCGUCCGCAAUGAUUUGAAGAUGGGGAAGGGUAAAGUAGCAGCACAGUGUUCCCAUGCUGCUGUUUCUGCCUACAAGCAAGUACAGAGAAGAAACCCGGAGCUCCUGAAGCAGUGGGAAUACUGUGGACAACCGAAAGUGGUCCUCAGAGCUCCAGAUGAGGAGACACUGAUCCAGCUCCUGGCUGAUGCAAAACACCUUGGACUGACUGUGAGCUUAAUCCAAGAUGCGGGUCGCACUCAGAUAGCUCCAGGCUCCCAGACUGUCCUUGGGAUUGGACCGGGACCAGCUGAUGUGAUAGAUAAAGUUUCUGGUCACCUAAAACUGUUUUAAACUGGGGACCAAAGAAGUCUGAAUGCAUUGGUAUGUAGUGGUAUGAAGGGAUAAAAUCCAGGUUUAUGGAUUUUUGCUCAUGUGUUCUCUCAUUAUAAAUAAAAUAACCAGAUUUUGUAAGAGAUUUCA